AUGGAGAAAGAAAUUGAGCUGAUUCGAAACUCAGAGUUCAUUGUCUCUUCCAUCAGGGAGUACAUUAACAAUGGAAUGUUUUUUGAUAUAUUUGAAAUUGCAGAUAUGAAAGACAUUUUCAAGUCAAAUAAAUUAUCAGCUGAAAAUUUCGUUGCUCUUCUUAAGGAUGGUAUGAAGCGAGUUAGCACAUCUAAAUUGUACAGAUAUUUCAGAAAUAUUACUUCAUCAAUUACGAAUAUUCAAGAUGCAAUUAUUAUUCUGAAAGCAAUGAAGAAAUGCCUGAAAUUAAAAGUCUUAAAUGAUAUCAUUAAAUUGAUCGAACAAAAUUACAACACCAAUAAUGAUUUUGAAAAAAGAAUUAAUAAUCUUGAAGAAUCUGUUCAAAAACUAAGGGAAGAAAACGAAGAUCUGAAAAGAAUCAGUCACAGUAAUGAUUUUCUUAAAUCAUAUUUAUCUCAAUAUAAAAAAUCAAAAGAUUUUGAUUUAAUUUACAAAUUCUUUGAAAAUCUUUCAGAAAAAGGAAAUCAAAUAGUCAUGAAAAAAUCUUGUAAAGAAAAAAUCAGCGAAAAGAAAAACAAUAACGGAGAUACUGUUGUUCGUGUUGCAAUCGAAAAAGGAAAUCUUAAUCUUGUGAAAUCCCUUAUAGAAUGCGGCUGCAACAAGAGUUCAAAGAACAAAUAUGGUUCUGAUCUAUUGAUCAUCGCAUCAUAUAAUGGGAAACUAGAUAUUGUUAAAUAUUUGAUCUCUAUCGGAUUCGAUAAAGAAACGAAAAAUAAAUUAGGAUACACACCUCUCACAUGUGCGGCAAAUCAUGGACAUUUGGAUGUGAUAAAAUAUCUCGUCUCUAUUGGUGCAGAUUAUAAUGUUAAGGAUCACAAAGAUAAAUUAACUCCACUUAUGUGGGCAGCAUUCAGUGGGCAUCUCGAAAUUGUGAAAUAUUUGGCAUCGCUUGGAGCAGAUAUCGAAGCAAAAGAUUCGAAAGGAAAUUCACCGUUGACAUGGGCAACAAUUAGACGACAUUUCGAACUUGUAAAGUACUUGGUUUUAGAAGCACAUGUAGAAACAAACCAACCUAAUUUGCGCGGAAAAACUCCACUUGAUUAUGCUUUAAAGUAUGAGACAAAUGAUGAUUGCUCUAAAGAAAUCGUGAGGAUUCUUGUAGAGAGUAGAUUUAAAUAA